CGUGAUUUUGGUGUCUUUUUUGAUAUUGGCGUUGGCGUUGACGUUUCUGUGGCUGCGGUCCAUCAUGUGGUUCGUGAAGUUGCACCACAUGUUAAGGCGUGGCAACCAAUUGGUGUAAACGCCUUGCUUGACGGUGGAGGGAGCAGAGAUGAAAGGAUCCUCCGGAAGUCUCCUGAUCAGAUCAUCACAGUGCACAGUUUGAGGCGUCACCUCAGUUCUCGAUCACCUACCGGCCUGAUCCCUUCCCUUCUGGCCGAGUUUUCAGUCAGCCACUUACUGGCCAGAAAGCUGUUGUCGUCACUCGGGAGUGUUCGGAAGUGCUGCAUGCCGCGACGCCGUAUCGGAUCGCAAGACAAGUUAGCAACAACCCUCUUCAUGUCCUCGUCUGACUUCAGAGGGAAGAUGAAUAUUGGAACUGUACAUGUCCUUCCGGACAGGGAGACGUGUAGUCGUGGGGAUGAGGGUGAAACAAACGAAGAGCUUGGAGGUGGGCAAAGCCGGGCAGUUAAGACGCCAAAAGGAGGGCGACGACGGACGAGAGGGUUGCGAUCUCGAAGAUUGCCUCAAUUGGGGACAACUAGUCCGUCAGAUCAGACCCUCAAAGUAUCGCUUCGCAGUUCGUCUACAAAGGCUGCCUCGGCAAAGAGCAUGUUCCGCCAUAGGGGAAUAGACAUUUUUGCAGGAUGCCCAGUCAAACAUAGUAAGCAUGUCCGACAAAGUUGUAUUCUUUCUGAUGACGUCGACUCGGCGAUCUGUUUCCAUUCUCUUUCCUCAAUCAAAGCCAAACUCCUAAGGGAGCGAGGCAAGUGGGGCAAGCGACGAUUUCGGCCCCUGGGCUGGGCAAGAUCCACGAGUCUAGCCAGUUCGCUUCUCCCGCCCGGAGGUACCAUCGUGCCUUCAGUACAAGACGUCGGACUGUGGACUUGGUACAUGCCCAGACGUUUCGGCGGCAUCGUCAGUACGUCAUGCCAUUCUCAGCACCACACCACAAUUCGUCAAAGACCGACUUUCUGCCGAAACGGUCGGGCUAUCACCCGCCUUUAUGUUCUUAACCCUCUUGUCCCACUCUCGCCCUAUCGCGAAUUCACACUAGCGUCAUCACACCUGCUGUCUUCCUUGCCCCCUCCCUUUCGAGUGGCUGAUCCGACUCGCACCUCCUGUCCUCGGCUGCUUCAUGGCCUGUAG